GCACUUUCUUGUGCAACUUCAUUUCCCCUUCUCUCUCCACAUUUGUUUGUUUAUACUCAUCUGACGCGUACCGAAACCUAACAUGUUCCGCCUGAGCAACAACCUCGUAGGCCUUCUCAACUUCAUCGUCUUCCUCCUCUCCAUCCCCAUCCUCGCUGGCGGCAUCUGGCUCUCCACCCGCGCCAGCACAGACUGUGAGAAGUUCCUCGAGAAGCCCAUCAUCGCCAUUGGUGCCUUCCUCCUCAUCGUCUCCCUCGCCGGCCUCAUCGGCGCCUGUUGCCGAGUUUCAUGGCUCCUCUGGAUCUAUCUCCUCGUCAUGUUCCUCCUCAUCGUCCUCCUCUUCUGCUUCACCAUCUUCGCCUUCGUCGUCACCAAUAAAGGCGCCGGCGAGGUCGUUUCUCAACGCGGGUAUAAGGAGUACAGGCUUGGGGAUUACUCCAAUUGGUUGCAGAAGCGAGUGAACAAUGAGGGGAAUUGGGCUAAGAUUCGCAGUUGCAUUCAGGAUAGCAAGGUUUGCACGAGUUUGAGUGAGAAAAAACAGACAUUUGAUCAGUUUAUCAAUGAGAAUCUCUCACCCCUACAGUCUGGAUGCUGCAAGCCUCCUACCGCCUGCAACUUCACUUACCAAAGCGAAACUGUUUGGACCAAGCCUACUAAUUUUAUUUCCGGCAACUCGGACUGCAACACUUGGCAGAAUGAUCCUAAAAUUCUUUGCUACGAUUGCCAGUCCUGCAAGGCCGGUGUUCUUGCCAAUCUCAAGCAUGACUGGAAGAAGGUGGCCAUCGUAAACAUCAUCUUCCUCAUUUUCCUUAUUAUCGUCUACUCGGUCGGAUGCUGUGCCUUCAGGAACAAUAGGGAGGACAAUGCGUAUCCGAGAUGGAAGGGACAUGCGUAAUGGAAGAUAUGUUAUCCACCAAUCUAUGUACUUAGUUUUUAUAUCCUUCGUAUCUAGAUUAUGAAUAUAUCACUUGCAUUUCUUUAUGAUGUCGUAGUUCUACUUCAGCUUUGGAUAUAUUCUGUUACAGAGAGCAUACUUGAUACUCUGUUCACUUGCAUUUCUUUAUGAUGUCGUAGUUCUACUUCAGCUUUGGAUAUAUUCUGUUACAGAGAGCAUACUUGAUACUCCUACAUGAUGUUGAUGUAAAUUUUAUGCUAAAUGUUUGGAGGUUCUAUCA